AUGGUGGAAGCAUUCAAUGCCACUAAGGAAGACCUGCCAAUAGGUGUCGAUUUUAAUGUACUAGCAAAGUACAUAUCGAAUUAUUACCAAGAUUCAAACGCCGAAUCAUUUCCGUCCGCCCUCAUAGAUAUUGCAAAUGGCAAUACGGAAUUGUAUGACGUGCUGUGGGUUAUAAACCAAGGCAAGCGAUCAGCACCACCAGUGUACUGCCCAGAACACGAAAGAAUUGUGCAGCUUGCCAAGGAUAGAGCGAAGUAG